AUCCUUAUUGUGUGCAAACACAGGCCUUUCCUCACACUGUAUUGGAUUUGUGAUACUUUACCCUCUGUGCAAUGCAAGGGAGUGGGAUUUUUUUUGUGUGCCUCAGAACUAUUGAGAGAGGGUACACAUUUGUAUUUGUGACAAAAACCAUCGGGGAAAAGCCUGAGUACUCUGCUGCCUCCUAGCUAUACCUGGAUUUUACCUGAGAAGUUUGAUGAUUUGAUUUUAUGAUUAAAUGAAAGGGUUCCUACAACUGAAGUUACAAGGCUGAAGACGAGAUUCAAAGCAGAGCACAAGAAGACAAGAAAAAACAAGAAGUUAAUCCAGGAGGACACUACAAAUAUUGCCUGUCACUAGACUCUUGAAUACUGUAGAAAGCCUUAUUCUAAGCCUGUAAAAUAACACACAAAAUGUUUAAAAAAGUGAAGACAAAUAAGGAAGCUGAAAGGGAGAAAAAACAAAAGAGAAAAGCAGUUAAACAGACAGUAGAGAAAGAACCCAAACAAAAAACUAAAGAAAAAGGGAACAUGAAUCUACUGAAAAAUAAACCCUGUUCUUUAACAGAAGCGGUUCAACCUCUGAAAGACCUUUCUAUGAGUAGCAUAGAUGCACCACAUAAGGAACUAAUGCUAAAGAUAACAGGAACAAUCAAUGCGAGGGUCCCUUCUGUAAAAAAUGAUUUAGAUCAAGAACAAGAGAAACAUAAGCCAAAAAUGAACAAAGGUUCUGAAGACCAAAGUAAAAUAAUAUAUAUAAAAGCAAAAAAUGAAGACACCAAAGCUGUUCUGGAGCAGCUGGAUGAUGAAACAGUUGUCAAAGGUAGGGCACAGAGCCUACUGUUUGAUAAAACCAAAAUGGCAUCCCUUGAACACAACACGAGAAAGGCGGUAAUAAUUUCUGAUGAAGAAACUUUAGAGUGGGAUGUGGGUGAAGGGUUAUAUUUGAUACCCCCAAGAAAAAGAUUAACACCUUUUUUCAAGAUGACUGAUUGGAUUCAAAAGAAAAUGCCACAAAAAAUAAACUUGCGGAAGAAGAUUUCUGCUCUGACUAAAGCAGUUGGUAUAACCAGCUGGCUUCAAACCUUAAAGCAAAAACAAAGCAGCAGCAGUUCUGGGGACCAAGUUUUUAGACACAGGGUGGCUAUGAGGAUUGUCUGUAAAACCAGGGUAGCUAGUCAAAAAAACAAAAUUUCUACAGAGAACAAACUUAAGAAAAAAAAAACCAGGCCCCGGGAAACCAACGGAGAUGCCACAGAAGAAGUAGCAGUGGUCAGCGAUAAAGAACUAGAUGCCAAAUAUGCAGUAGUACUUCCUAGAGUGAAAAAACUGGCAAAGGUAAAGACAGCUGAGACACAUAAGACAGUUCUUUUAGGAGGACACACUGCCUGCAAGGCCAAACCCCCAAAGCCAGGAGCUAAACUGGUACUUCCUUCCAAAUCAGAUCUCAGUCUCCUGAAGUCCAUGAAAAAGUCAUUGCUGGAAAAUUUGCUAUCAGAUGAAGAUGUGGAAAACAGGGGUAGUAAGUUUCUCAACAACUCAGAAAAAUUAUCCAUACAAAAGAACAUUACCAGUAGAGCUAUGUUAGAAAACCAAGACAGAGUCAGUGUGCUACAUGGUGCAAGAGACAAGCUAAAACCUUCUCAGAUUAAAUUUAGCAAGAUGUCAGUGGGAAUGUUAGGCAAUGGACUAGCACAACCCAAGUGUGCACAUACAGAUGUAGAAGUGGCUGAUCACACACAAAGGUCUGUAUCUCAAUGUUCUUCAAAUGAAGUGACAAGUUUUGCAAAAAUAGGUGUCUGUGCAUUGUAUGAAGAAGAAGCAGACCGAGAAGUUGCACGAUUGAUGGAGGGGAAUGGAUUAAAUACUAUUGCCCAGCCAAAGUUUCACUGGAAUGGAAACAACCAGAUGACUGGAGACCCUCAGAUGUAGACUUGGCUUCGGACAGAAAACUUGCUUCCCCAUCAGACAGUUGAGAAGCUAACUAGGUGGACAGUCUAUGAUGAUGAUGGACGAGCUAGGACUCAUAGUAGCAGGGGACACUGGGAAUCGGAAGAUCCAACCCAAGAGAUGCUUGAGACUCAGCUAAUUAGCACACAGGUUUUGAUGCCUGGCAAUAAAAUAACAGUUGAAUUGGAUGAGGUAGAAGAUCUUACAUACCUAGAAGAUGUGUCUGAGAGCUCUGUGCUACUGAAUCUGAAGAAGAGGUUUGACCGUGACUGUAUUUAUACCUACAUUGGAAACAUCCUACUGUCCAUCAACCCCUUCAAGUCGCUCACCAUUUUCUCUGAAGAAGUGAGGCAGAAAUAUGAGGGCAAGGAGCAAAAUAAAAACCCACCCCAUGUGUAUGCCAUAGCUGACUCCACCUUCCGGCUAUCCCAGUCCUCAGCACAAGACCAAUGCAUCAUUGUGAGUGGACAGAGUGGUUCUGGAAAGACUGAAGCUAUGAAGCAAAUAGUCCAUUACCUCAGCUCAAUGUAUCAGGACAGAAAUGACAACCUAAGACAGCCGAUGGAAGUCUUUCCCAUCUUGGAAAGCUUUGGGAAUGCCAAGACCAUUCUUAACAACAACUCCAGCCGAUUUGGCAAGUAUCUUCACAUUCACAUACUCCAUGGAGUUGUUGUAGGAACCUCACUGUCUAACUAUCUCUUGGAGAAGUCCAGGGUUGUCUUUCAGGCCAAUAAAGAGAGGAACUAUCAUGUGUUCUAUGAACUGCUGGAAGGUAUGAACGACUGGGACAAAGAGAAGCUGUACCUGCAGGGAGCUGAGACUUACUACUAUCUAAAUCAAGGUGGUGCUUGUGCUUUGAAAGGGAAACAGGAAAAACAAGACUUUCAACUUUUGCUUAAAUGUUUGGAGACUAUUGGCCUACAUGCAAAUCAAAUCUCCAACAUCUGGGCCAUCCUCUCCUCUAUUCUACAUCUUGGUAACAUUUGUUUCAGCUCAUAUGAGAGUGAGUCAUUUGAGGUGGCUCGUAUCUUCAGUGAGGCAGAGGCCAGAAGGGUUGGGUCCUUGUUGCAGAUUUCUUGUGAGACCCUUCAAACAGUAAUCACUCACAAAGUCACAGAAACCAGCUAUGAUCGCAUCUACUGCCCCCUGUCUGUGGAAAGUGCCAUAGAAUCAAGGAAUGCAAUUGCCAAAGCUUUGUAUUCAGUGUUGUUUGACUGGUUGUUGGAGCAAAUUAAUGACUGGCUAAGCCCAAGUGAGAUGGACAGCACUGUUGGUGUCGUAGACAUUUACGGCUUUGAGGAUCUUGAAGUAAACAGCUUUGAGCAACUGUGUAUCAACUUUGCCAAUGAGCAGUUGCAGAAUUUUCUCAACAAAACUCUACUUUUUCAGGAACAGGAGGAGUAUAAUAAAGAGCAGAUUCCUUGGCAUCCAGUGCAACUUAAGAACUUUCACUCCUGUCUGGAAUUGAUCUCCUCCAGACCAAAUGGCAUCCUCCGCAUAUUGGAUGAUCAAACAUGCGUCCCACAGGCUACUGACCACACCUUCCUUCAGAAAUGCCAUUACCACCAUGCAACCAACUCCUUCUAUACCAAACCCAAGAACCCAAUACCAGUCUUCACUGUUCAUCACUAUGCAGGACCUGUCACAUAUCAGGUCCAUAAUUUCCUCAAUAAGAAUCAAGACCAGUUCAGGACAGAAAUUGUGGAGCUUUUUGCAAGAAGCCGGAUAAAGAUGAUUUCUGAAUUGUUCCAGAAGCUUCAAGAUAGGUACAUCCAACAGAAGGAACUGGGUUGGAAGAUGAAGCAUCUUCGUCAGCCACCCCCAACUGCUGCUUCACACUUCCUGCAGUCCCUCACUGAACUCACCACACAUAUGGAAAGAUGCAACACUAUCAUCAUCCGUUGUCUGAAGCCAAAUUUUGUGAAGCUUCCUGGGACCUUUGAUGUAGACUGUAUGUCUCUUCAGCUGAGACACUCAGGCGUACUGGAGACAAUUCACAUCCGAAAAGAAGGUUUCCCUAUCAGGAUUCAAUACUCAUGCUUCGUUGAGAGGUAUGGAUUUCUACUGAAGCAAAAGCCCAGUCACUUGUCAGAGACAGAGCUGUCAGUAAAUCUGCUAAACAUGGUUGAUGCUGAAGAAGGACAUUACCAGCUAGGACUCACCAAGGUGUUUCUUAAAGAGUUUCUGUACCAGAAGUUGGAGGACAAAUGGAAGAGCACUCAGACAUGGGCAGCUGUCACCAUCCAGAGGAACAUCAGGGGUUUCCUCUGUAGAAGAAAUUUCAAGUUUUUCAAACAAAAAGCAAUUGUUCUCCAGAGUCACAUCCGAGGACAUCAGGCUAGGAAGUACUACAAGCGUUUGAGGCAGUCCUUCACCCAGUUUUGGGCUGUUAUGCUGAUUACUAGGAACACAAUUAAGAGGCACCAUUGGAGAAAGUUUCACCAGGAAUUACACAAGAAGAACAAAGUUAAAACAGCUAAAAAGACAAAGCUCAUCUCGUCAGGGAUGGAUGUAGGGAUGUUAGAGAUACCUGCUGAGCUGUCCGCCAGACUCCGCAGUGCAGCAGGGGGCCACCACAGAUCACAGAUUACAGAAGUUGCACCUCCACAGGUGAAGGCAAAACAUAAGCUGAGCCUUCCUCAAGACAUUGACAGAUAUCCAUUCUCUCGCUUUGCCAAGUCUACAUUAAAGGAUACAUGGAGCCAGCCUCAGGGAUACCCGCUUCAGAAACCUCUCAUGCCUUUGGAACCUGAAUAUUCCAGAGUGGCCUUGGAGAUAAACAAACUGAUCUUGCGAUUUUUAGCUGAAUCAGAUAUUACCAUCUGGCAGGAGCAGGUGUUAGGUAACUAUAUAGUGGAGAAAGGCCAACAACAGCCGGCCUUGAGGGAUGAGAUCCUUGUUCAGUUAGUGUCCCACACAUUGGACAAAAAGGAGGAACAAGACAGUCUGAGGGGAUGGCUCCUGCUGGCCUGCUGCCUGAGUGCUUUCACACCUUCACCAACACUGGACAAAGCAUUGCUCAAGUAUGUGUCUGACCAUGGUCCAGCAGAGUAUCGUUCACUAUGCCAACACAAGCUGCUGACCUCUCUGCAGCUCCCAGGCCCCACUGCCCGCAUCUAUCCACCCACACAACUGGAGUGGACAUCCAAUCAGAGGAAAGGAACAAUGCUUCUGGAAGUAAACACUUUCAAUGAUGAGGUAUUGACAACUGAAGUGGAGUCAUGGACUACAGGAGAGCAGCUGGCCUCUUGGCUUCUUUAUUACAGAGGGGUGACCGAGGCUGUGCAAGGUUGGUCAGUUACUCUUGCUACAGAUGAAGGGUGGUCAGACCUUGCAGGCUCAGACUUUGUCAUGGAUCUGCUGGCUGGAGCUGAAGCUGAAGCUGAAAUUCCCAUAGCACCAGGGACGCCCUCCUCUGUGCAGUCUGACUACUUAUUUAGCAACCAAGAAGAGAGAAUUCCAUCUGCUGAUUUUGAUGAUUUCAUCCCACCAGCACCUUCCACUCAAGCUCCCAGACUGCCGCCUUUUGAUGGAAACCUUUGGGGAAGAGAGUAUCCACAAGAUCGGCGGAGCAGACAGAUGGAGACCUAUGUUGAUGACUUGUUUGACUCUGUACUAGACCAAGGACCUGCGGAAAUGGACAGAGUAGCCAUGUUAAACCGCAGGAUGAGAGGAAAAGGGGGAAUUGGACCUAUGCAGCCUGGGAUGUUUGGAGGGAUGCCUAUGACGAUGCCAACCUAUCCCAUGGUUGCACCAGUAAACCCUGCAAUUCCCAGUUAUGGUCCAACUGCCGUGAUGCCAAAUAUGCCAGCUUUAAUGGUGUCUCAGGCUCCCACUGUCAGUGACCCCAUGCAGAUGGCAGCAACUCAGCAAGCUCUCAUCAACCAACAGGCCUUACUCAUGGCCCAGCAGAUGACCUUGCAGGCAAUGACUUUGUCUCACCAGCAGGCUGAAGAACGGCAGAAGGAACAGCAAGCUAAGAAGGAGAAACAAAGAGAUGAGAAAGAUAGACAGUUUAGACGCGAGUCAUCACGCCGCUCCAGAGAACGCCAGCACUCACCUUCUCGAAGUCCCUCACCCCGACGGUCAAAACCCAAAGCAUCUGCACGUAAACAAACCUCCAAGCAAUCUGAAUCUGAGUCAGAAGAAAAUGUGGAGCUGGCAGAGCCAGAUGACCUACAAUCUUUCAGAGAAAAGAGGGAUUUCUUCCAAAAUAUUGGUGGUAAAUCAAAACGGGAAAAAAGAAACUCAAAGCGACAAUCAGCUCUGCCUGAUCCACCCAGACAAAAUCAGCAGACACGUCCUUCACCAAGCCCCUCACCUUCACCCCCACCUCCACCUCCACCACCAAAGCCUAAAGUAAGGCGUCCUCCCAGCCCUCCAAAUGAGGAACCAGACCCCCCUAAAGAACCUACUCUCAGUCCGGUCACAAAGGUCCAGCCUGAACCAACCUCCAACAUCAGGGAAAUCAUUAAACAGUUCAACAGUCGACCACAACCAGAACCCAAGCCAUUUGAGCCUGUCAGAUCUCCUGCUAGAACAUUUAUUAAGAAGAGUGACCCAAAAGAGGAAGCUCUGGCUAAACUCAGAAACAAAGCACCAGUUCCACAACCAAAGAAACAAUGGGCUUCUCCUCCCCCACCUCCGCCUCCAAGGCCACCUAAUUCUCCCCCAUCCACCAGUGGUCGCAGGGUCAUUUCUAAAAACAUGAGGCAGAAGCAGCGUCCAUUGGAGGAGCUUUUUGGCUCCCAGCGCUCGCAACACCAUCCCCCUCUUCCUCCUGACUCCCCGCCUCCUCCUCCAGAGCAAGCACCUGUCCUUGUGAACAUUCCAGACCCUCCACUCAUGACUGCGCCAUCUCUCUAUGUGAUGUCAGAUGAUGAGGGAAGUCAAUCCCAGCUUCACCGCUUUUCUGCUGGGGUUUACUUCUCCCACUUCAACAUGCCAGGAAAACUUUUCCUGCGAAAAGAAGUGUUUUAUCCAAGAGAACUCUUCAACAAGCCUUAUGUGCUUAACCUGUUGUGUGAGCAGAUCAUGAGAGACACCUACUCUGACAGCUGUGUGAGAAUUGAUAGUGAAGAAAGAAGGAAAAUGAAAGACCUUCUUGCAAAUUUCAAUGUGGGAACAAACAUAAGCACCAUUCAGGAUGACAACAUGAAGAAGAGAAUUGUUAUUGCAGCUCGAGAUAACUGGAAGAACUACUUUAGUCGACUCUACUCUGUGACGCCACACAAUGGAGAUGCUCAGGUUUUGGGUGUCUCUCAUCGAGGGAUUCGUCUAUUGAAGGUGGUGAAAGCAUCAGGCAUCAAUCCUAAACAUCUCAAACUGCUUAAAAGUUACAGUUUUGCAGAGGUGUUGUCUGUUAACCUUGAGGGAACAGACAAAGUAAAACUGGACCUUAAAAUGGAAAACGUAGUGCUGCAGUCAACCAGGGCUCCUCAGAUCACUGCCAUGAUCGAAGUUUUCCUCAAGGAACUCAUCAAGGACUCGGGCCACAUGGUUGCUCUAAAGAGUUUUGUAACGGAUGACAAGACGCUUCUGAGCUUCAGUAAGGGGGAUAUCAUCAAACUGCAGAAAAUGGAAGGCCUUCAGACUGGUUGGGAGUUUGGGAGCACUGGUGGUCGUUCUGGUCUUUUUCCACUGGACCUCACCCAGCCAUGUGCAGCCCCAGAUUAUCACUGGCUCCAUCUAGAUCGAAGAGAUGACAGGAGAAAAAGCAUGAGGAAUGCUAAGCCAGCCAGUUCAUUCAAUGGCCCUUCACCAGUCCCCACCAGCAGACACAUACCCAACAAUCGUUCUGUGCUGUCUAAUCGGGAGGCCAUGAAUCCAUCUUCAGUAGAGGGCUUACAACACACACUUGCCCAAAGCUCACAAAAAGGAUCCAACCAUGACCUAGAGCUCUUUUCUGCUAUGGCUGACUUUGCUACCAAGUAUUUUAGAACGGAGACAACAGGAGUGCCAGUCACUGGAAGAAAUUUUUCAGAAGCAGUUCAGCACACAGUGGUCCCCAUCCAGGAGUCACUAAUUCUCUACAAUGAUUCUGAAAUCAAUGAUUUGGCUGUUGAGUGCUUCAUAACUCUGAUGCAGUUUAUGGGGGAUAUCACAACACAGAAGAACACUACACAAGCAAAUUGCCUAACUCAUAUCCUGCUGUUAGGGAAGGAAAAGGAAAUUCUUAGAGAUGAAAUCUACUGCCAGGUCAUCAAACAAACAACCAACAACCCCACCAGGUGAGUAUUUCACAUUCAUUUGAGAUUAAAUAUUGUGAACCCUCCCACAGUCCAAGCUCAACACUCAAGAGCACGGCAGAUGUCCUGGUCAGACAAGGGGAAACGAUGGGGAAGUUCCAUCAGCACAAAAAAACCUCAGAAACGCAUAUGGGGUCAGUGCAACCCCACAGUGACAGCACUCAGGGUAAAAAGCUUGUGGGGUCAACUGCAAUGAGGAAGUAAAAACCUAUCUUGUAGGAAAAAAAUAAUUUAAGUCAAUUCAAAUACAAAAAUACUUUAUUAAUUCCAGAGGAAAAUUUAAUGUUGCAAAUCAUUAAUUUAGAUUCUUCAAAGAGUUAUUGAAGAUGGUGGUGGCAGGCAGUGUUGUGGUCAAGACCACCUAA